AUGGCAGAAACAUCUUUUGAGGAUGCAUGGUUUUCAAAUAAUAAAAGUGGAUAUUUAGAUGAUGUUAAACAAUUAAUUCAAAGUAAAAAAGUGCAAAUUGAUUUAUCUGAUCAUUUAGGAAAUACAGCAUUACAUUAUGCAUCAAAUGCAGGUCACACUGAAGUUGUUGAAGCAUUAGUAAAUGCUGGUGCAAAUAUAAAUAUUAAAAAUAAACAUGGUGAUACACCACUUCAUAAAGCAGCAGGUAGAAAUAGAUUAGAAACAGUUAAAUUUUUAGUAAAAUCAAAAGCAAAUGUUGAAAUUGAAAAUGUAGAUAAAGAAAGACCAUGUGAUAUUACAAAUAAUCAAGAUAUUAAAAAUGAACUUUUACCAGUCGUUGAAUAUGAAGAUGAUGAUGAAGAUGAUGUCAAAGAAGAUUCAGACUAUGAUAGUGAAGAUGAAGGUGAUAAUUAA